AUAUUUUGUUUUACUUCUGAGGGUCACACUGCAAUUUGUAUACAUUCAUAAGAAAACAAAAAACCAAAAAGAUUUAAAACAUGACUGAAGAGGCCACUAUUUCCGAUCAAAUAGCUGAUGGAAAGAAUAAAACCAAUGUGCGAUGCCAGUUCUGCAACAGUUUAAUGCUGAAGGCGCGCGAGGGGAGCUACAGCGAGCAGGAGAUAGAUGUCCCGCUGAUGGUGCAAAAGCAGGACAGGACGGCGGACAACCUAAACACUGAGCCCUUGAAGCACUUCUGGCUGGUGAAGGAUAUGCUGACGUUCGAGAACAUAGGCUUCUCCCACACUGUGGAUGGCAAGAAGUUUCUGGUGUGUGCCGACUGCGAACGUGGACCCGUGGGCUAUCACGAGCUGAGCACAAAGCAUUGUUACCUGGCCCUCAAGCGGGUGGUGCAUACGGACUAAGUGGCGGACUUUGUAGCUAAGAUUUCAAGGCUUCAUUUAUCAUUAAACGCACAUUGCUUUUAACUUUUAACUGUCCGCAAAGGCCCAUUAAAAAGUGUGUAUUAUAUAUCAGUGCGUUUUGUAAGAUGUGCCGCACAAGAGCUGUUAAAUAUACAUGUAUUAUCACUGUA